AUGAUUUUCUUGCUCGUCGCUAUCUCGAUAACUUGCCUCUUAUUUUACUCGUUAUAUUGGCAACGUCGAGGCCUACCGCCUGGUCCAACUCCGUUACCUCUACUUGGAAACCUUUUAUCUGUAUUUGGCGGUGAACCCGGUGGCUAUGAAUGUUUCCUGAAAUGGCGUCAAGAAUAUGGGCCGGUUUACACCUUUUGGCUAGGACCCUUACCGGUGGUCGUGGUUGCCGACUAUGAAACGAUGAAAGAAUCCAUCAUCAAGGAAGGCGAUAAAUUUGCCGAUCGAGCCACGAUCAAGGACAUUUUGGAGAUUUUGAAAGGCGGAAACUACGGAAUUGUCAACUCGCGCGGUGAUUUGUGGAAGGAGCAGCGACGUUUCGUGCUGCAUACACUACGUGACUUUGGCAUGGGCAAAAAUCUGAUGGAAGAUCGGGUAAUGGUCGAAGUCGAAUAUCUUCUGGAGAGGCUCGGUUCGUUAAAAACCGGCUUAAACAUGCAGCAAGAAUUCGACACCGCAGUCGGCUCCAUCAUCAACAACGUCCUCUUUGGAUACCGUUUUGACGAAACGAAUCUGCACGAGUUCAAGCUGCGCACAAGUGGAGGUACGGCGGAAGGAGGUCGACUUCAC